AUGUCUGGGUUUGGAAAUUUUAGUUUUAAUUCAUCGGGAACAAAUUUAUUCGGUUCUAAACCGCCGGAACAAGCCUCUACCGGAUUUUCUAGUACUGUCACCAAUGCUGCUACAACAAACACGGCACCAUCAUUUGGAACUGCAGGAACUCCAAACUUAAUGGGAGCUCAGCCUGGAGCUCCUGCUUUCAAUACCGGUUUUGGAGUUAAACCACCAGCAACUACCUCUGUGGCCUCAACUGGUUUUACAUUUGGAGUUCCAUCAGUAAAUACAUCUUUAAGUACUUUUGGUACCUUUGGAUCUACAAAUGCUUCUGGAUUUGGAACAACUGCAUCCUCUACUCCUCAAACAUCCAAUACGGGAUUUACAUUUCCUUCAGCAAAUGUGACCUCCACCACUUCCUCUACAAUGCCCACUGCAAAUUUAGGAACUGCUAUACCCACUACUUCAAACUUAGUUUUUGGAACUGGAGUUAAUUCAGCUGUAACUUCAAGUAUUACUACAGUUUCAACCACAACAUCAACUGGUUUUACUUUUUCUCAAACUUCUACUAAUACUACAAACAUGGGCUUUGGACUACCAAAAACAACUGGAGGUUUCACAUUUGGAACACUUACAACCACCACCCCAACUUUUAAUCUUGGAACUUCCACAACAACCACACCUUCACUGGGUGGAGGAUUAUUCGGAGCUCCCAAAACCACUACUAUUAUUUCUAUGACUUCUUCAAAUAAAAACAAUUCAAUGGGAUUAGGAGGAAUCGAUAAGACACAAACAACUCAAGGGUUAUCUGGUUCUGGAACAUUAGAACCUAAACAAACUAAAGAUCAUACAUUACCUGAUGUAAUUUUUCAAACACUAAAUGAUUUCCAAAAUUUUACAAAACAGCAAAAAAGCAUUAGUGUGGAAAUUUCACAUGGUAGCUCCAAACCUCUUAAAAAAGUUCAAGGAGAUAUAGAAGCCAUGGAAUCUCUCCUAACAACUAUUGCUAGUGGUCUAACAAAAAAUAGUGCAGCUGCCGAUAAAUUGAAAGUUGAAACAGCUCAAGCUCUACAUCAAUCAGAAAUGGCUCAAAGAAAUCAUGAAGUGUCUUCAAGUGUAGACUAUAAUAAUUGUGCACCAUCAGAUUAUUUCAAUGAUUUAGUUACAAAAUUUGAGACUGAUGCAGUUAGGUUAAGAGUUCAAAUUGAAGCUUCCGAAAAACAUUUAAAAUCUUUGACUCAAUGCUCGACAAUAUCUCCUCAAGAAUUGACAUUAGCUAUGCGAAGACUUCAUGAAACCCUCAUCGUAUUAGCCGCUCGAGCACAAUCUUUACAUACGACUAUUCAAUCGCAAAAAGAACAGUUCAAAAAUUUAAGAAGAGUCUACUUUAAAGACGACACUAAUAUUUUUGAUAAUGAAACGGAUCAAAAUCGAAUCAAAAAGCAAACAAUGUUUUCCUUACACAGUUUAACCGGCCCCACUCCCUUUUCCGAAAAUAUCGGAUCUGGAUUUCCGUUAAAAGUUGAUGGACUUGCCAUGUUGGCUAGCUCUGCAGCCAAUCCUAUAACCAUUCCAACCACUUCAUUUAGUGUUAGUAAUAAAUAA